AUGGCCGUUUGUUCUGCUUCUGUUUGUCCGGUGUCGACGGGGAACUUUCGCUACACGCCGGGCAGCCGCCACGUGUCUGCUCGCCGGAGAUUCGCCGUCCGGUCCGAUUUGUCGACCAAUGUCUCCGACAUGAGAGUCAACGCUCCCAAAGGCUUAUACCCGCCGGAACCUGAAAUUUAUCGAGGCCCCAAGCUAAAAGUAGCCAUUAUUGGAGCUGGGCUUGCCGGCAUGUCCACUGCCGUUGAGCUUCUGGAUCAAGGGCAUGAGGUCGACAUUUACGAGUCGAGGCCUAUUAUCGGUGGUAAAGUGGGUUCUUUUGUGGACAAAAGGGGAAACCACAUUGAGAUGGGACUCCAUGUUUUCUUUGGUUGCUAUAAUAACCUCUUUCGCUUGCUGAAAAAGGUUGGUGCUGAUAAAAAUCUGUUAGUGAAGGAUCAUACUCAUAGUUUCAUCAAUAAAGGAGGUCAACUAGGGGAACUUGAUUUCCGCCUCCCAAUCGGAGCUCCAAUACAUGGGAUUCAUGCAUUUUUAACAACAAGUCAGCUCAAGGCUUAUGACGUGGCAAGAAAUGCGAUGGCUCUCGCUCUUAGUCCUGUUGUAAGGGCUAUUGUUGAUCCAGAUGGCGCAAUGAGGGAUGUACGAGAUCUAGAUAAUGUAAGCUUCUCUGACUGGUUCUUGUCCCGAGGUGGGACCCGCACAAGCAUCCAGAGGAUGUGGGAUCCUGUGGCUUAUGCCUUAGGGUUCAUCGACUGUGACAACAUUAGUGCUCGUUGUAUGCUUACUAUAUUUACACUUUUCGCUACAAAAACCGAGGCUUCUCUUCUACGCAUGCUUAAGGGCUCCCCAGAUGUUUAUUUGAGUGGCCCCAUAAAAAAAUAUAUCAUGGAUAGGGGAGGCAGGUUCCAUUUAAGGUGGGGUUGCAGAGAAAUUUUAUAUGAUAAAUCUUCUGAUGGAGAAGUGUACGUAACCGGGCUUGCAAUGUCCAAGGCUACUCAAAAGAAAACUGUAACUGCCGAUGCAUAUGUAGCAGCUUGUGAUGUUCCCGGUAUUAAAAGAUUGCUACCACAAAAAUGGAGGGAGUUUGAAUUCUUUGAUAAGAUUCAUGGAUUAGUUGGUGUCCCAGUUGUCACGGUUCAAUUGAGGUAUAAUGGCUGGGUUACUGAGUUAAGGGACUUGGAAAAUGCACGGCAAUUAAAACGAGCAACGGGUUUGGAUAAUCUACUUUACACUCCAGAUGCAGAUUUCUCUUGCUUUGCAGACCUUGCACUCACAUCACCCGAGGAUUAUUACCUUGAGGGCCAAGGCUCAUUGCUUCAAUGUGUGCUAACUCCCGGGGACCCGUACAUGCCUUUACCAAAUGAUGAGAUAGUGCGGCGAGUUUCGAAGCAGGAUUAUAUAGACAGUAUGGAAGGAGCUACACUGUCUGGCAGGCAUGCUUCUGCUUAUAUAUGUGAUGUAGGAGAAGACUUGGCUGCAUUAGGUGAAGAUCGUCCAAUAUUUUUGCCGUCUGAUCAACUGACACUCGUCCAAUAA